GCUUACUUAAGACUAUACAUAACAGACUGCGCAUGUGCGAGAGGUUGACCAAAGAGGGAUCCCUUCUAGACACGACCACAUAGCACGGAGGUGCACAGCCGUUCAAGAUGGCGGAGUAUCUUGCGUCCAUAUUUGGGACAGAGAAAGACAAGGUCAAUUGCUCCUUUUAUUUCAAAAUUGGAGCAUGCCGUCAUGGAGACCGGUGCUCGAGAUUGCACAACAAACCAACUUUCAGCCAGACCAUCUUGAUUCAAAACAUCUACCGUAACCCCCAAAACAGUGCACAGACGGCCGACGCCUCUCGCUGUGCUGUUAGUGAUGUGGAAAUGCAAGAGCAUUAUGAUGAGUUUUUUGAGGAAGUCUUUACGGAAAUGGAGGAGAAAUACGGAGAGGUCGAAGAGAUGAAUGUGUGUGAUAACCUUGGUGAUCAUCUAGUUGGAAAUGUUUAUGUAAAGUUUCGGCGGGAAGAGGAUGCUGAGAAGGCUGUAUUGGAUUUGAAUAAUCGCUGGUUUAAUGGCCAGGCAAUACAUGCAGAGCUCUCCCCUGUUACAGACUUCAGAGAAGCCUGCUGCAGGCAGUAUGAAAUGGGGGAGUGCACUAGAGGCGGCUUCUGUAAUUUCAUGCACUUGAAGCCGAUUUCUCGAGAACUGAGGAGAGAGCUGUAUGGACGUAGAAGGAAGAGAAAUCGUUCUCGUUCAAGGUCUCGUGAGAGACGUUCUCGUUCACAGGAUCGUAACCGCGGAGGUCGUGAUCGUGAGAAGAGGAGAUCAAGAGAUCGGGAACGUUCUGGAAGAUUUUGAGCCAACACAAAUUUUUGAUCCCUAUAUGUUUUAUUGUUUGGCGUCAUCAACCAAUGACCAGCAUUUUUGUGAAACAUCAGAUAUCAGUUUUUCCCUCUUGUGUUCCUUUACUUUUUUAUGUGCACAAUUAGAAGGUUUUUGUUUCUUAAUAAAAGUUUUAUAAAUGAUCUGUGUCUGUGCCAUGAAUGGGCCAACUAAUUAACAUGGCUGGGAUUAUUAAAGCCAAGUUAUUAAUCA